UAUGGCCGUCCGUCGGUGAGAUAUGGGAAAGCGGUCCUUUUACAUUUCCACCAUAUUUUGUCUCCUAUCUUUGUUGAAAUUGUUGAUGAUACAUGUAUUCAAGGCUCCGGAACAAGAGUUGAUUGAUACUAUACGCACACAUUCUUCAGUAGAAUGUCCACCUGGUAUCACUCUUUACCGUCUCAAAGUCGGGGGUUCAUUGUACAGGAUACAAAUUCAAGACAAGAUUCCACACAACAUUUUAGAGACAACAAAUGUACUCCGAAAUUGUGAGCGACAAGUAGAGUCUACGGAACUGAGAAUUCUCUUCGAGAACGGCAAGAAGGCAUGGUCCUACUAUACACUGGUCAGUGGUAUAUUUCCCGGUACAUUACCGUGCAGCUUUGGUAACAUGGCAGAGGAUGUGUACGGUCAAGUUGGGGAACAAUCGGAUACAGACCAUUGCUGUAGGUCACAUGACCUGUGUAAACCUGUCAUUAAAGAAUUCGAGACAAGAUACUUUUAUUCAAAUCCAAGCGUUCUACCCAUAAGCCACUGCGAGUGCGAUGCCCAGUUCUACAAGUGUUUACAAAGAGUAGACUCUCCUACGUCAAAGCUGAUUGGUUAUAUAUAUUUUAACUUAGUAAAAAUGAAAUGUUUUGAUUUUGAUAUCCGAAAAGUUUGUGUUUCCUCAUUUCUCGGUUUGUGUGUGAACAUGGAGGAAAGUUGUAUAGCUGUUUUAAAAUCAAAUAAAUUGUUUCCUGAUUAAAGAAUUUAAAGAGUUUCAACAAGAAAUAAAGAAAAAGUCGUAUGAUGACACUGAACGUAAACAUUUGUUAGUUUUUAAUUUGAUAGAACGAUGAAUGUUGGCAAAUGGGCCCAAUUUUUGAAAGGACAUAACGAAGGUAUAUACAAUUUCUUUUUUUUAUAGUACAGUAGAGGUAAAUGCACAUUUGUUCUUGCAUUCUGGAAAAACACGAGGUUGCAGCCCUCAGGUCGAGGGAGUUAAGAAGACCGAGGUAAUGCACGAAAAAGUGCACUAGCGCUAUUUUUGUAUAUUGCUUUUCAAUGCUGUGUUUUUACAUGACGCCAUGAGCACGCAUAUAAAAAAAAACGUGCAAUAACAACGCAAACUCACGUGACUUUAUCCGUUUAUGCAUAUAAAUAUACAUGCGUGCGCAGUUUUUAUGCAAGAAUGGAUUU